AUGUCUGCUGGCCAACGUUCAUCCCAAGUUGACAGGCCCACCUACCACCUGGAGCCGGAGCACGUGCUGUCGGGGACUCGUCCGUCUCCCCGACAAGCUCAUGAGGUAGCCGAAUCUUCGGAGGACGACUCUACCUUCAAGGAAGGCAUCUCCGAUAUGGACGACUCUGAAGGGUCCCAAGACUGGACGGAAUCGCGAGGCAAAAAGCGCCGACGGAAAAGUGGCGGCUCGGGCACGUCCGGGACUACUAGCCACAGGCUACUUGAAGAGGGGUUCACCGUCUUGUUCGCCCCCACCAACUCCGACUCGGUUGCGUCGCUCAGUCCAUCCAAGCUUACAGAAUACGUCGAAUGUGCUGCGCCAGGUGCCGUCAAAGAAGUCCGCGUCAACAAGGCAAGGAACUUAAUCGCGGUCGAAGCACGGACACCCAAGCUCAAGGGAGUACUCCUGGACCUCAAGGUACUCUGCACCACUCCUGUCCGAGCAUUCCUCCCCAGUCCCCCGAACACCUGCAUCGGGCUUAUCAGGGACGUGGAACUCGGCCUUUCUGACGCUGACAUCCGGAACCAGAUACGGGCUCCAGUCAAGAUCUGGGACGUGCGGCGACUUGGGGAGAAGUCUAAACUCGUGAAGAUUGUCUUCCUCGGGAAGACGCGGCCCGACUCCCUCCUUUACGGACUAGUUCGAACUCCGGUCCUGCCUUUCAAGGUAAAAGCCCUGCAGUGUCGGCGGUGCCUCCGUUACGGCCAUAUAUCCGCGGUCUGCAAUCGUCCCCAAGCAUGCGCACGAUGCGGCGCCUCACACGACGGCGGGUGCGAAUCACCCGAACCAAAGUGCAUCAACUGUCGUCAGAGCCAUGAGGCCACGUCCUCGUCCUGCCCAACCCGACGUCGAGAGGUCGCCAUCUCGCGUUACCGCUCAGAAAACAACGCAACGUUCCGGGAUGCUCGCGAAGCACUCCGUAACUCCUCGUCAGCCAAGUCAGAAAAGAAUUCACGCAGUGAGCAGGGUAGCACCCCCUCAGACAAGAAUGUACCCCAAGACGCGCGUCCUUCCCCGACUGACACUCAUGCACCGGCGGUAUCAUCCCCUACCUGCCAAGAAACCGAUGCCACUCCCGGCACCAGCCUCUCAGCCUCCAGCACCACGGUAAAACAGGCCUGGGCAGAAACUGUCAAAAGCUCGAAACCAUCCAAAGGCCGCGACACCCGAGCUUCUCGACAAGGCGUACCUGUGCCGCCAUCUUCAGGCCACACUGAAGUCGCCGCCCCCUUCUCGCCGCAUCCCUUCAAGUCCACUGUAACCAUGAUCUUUGGCGCCGUGCGUGACCUAAUCCACAUCCUGCCAACAUCCUCGUUCCGUAAGUUCCUGGAAGCCGUCCUAGCGCUCGAGGGCAUCAUAGGGGCGCUGCUCUGAAGCUCGACUGACAGCGGUACCCUUAGCCCCGCUGAUGCCUCCCUCAGUGCAUCAGUC